CGUCGGCGCGGGCGGGGCGCGGCGCGGCGCUGCGGGGAGAGCGGCCCGGUGCGGAGGCUCGGCGGCACCGUGAUGCUGGAGCAGGACGGCGGGCUCUCCCUCACCAUAGCGCGGAUCGUGCAGCGGCUGAAGGGCUCCAGCCUCCACACCCAGCUGGAGCGACAGGCCCGGAUUAGCCUACACAACCCAGAAAUUAAACUGGAAUCAUUAAAAGAAGAUAUUAAGGAUUUUCUGAAGACAUCAGGUUGGGAAAAGAAGCUUCAGAAUGCUGUUUAUAGUGAACUCAAUGUGUUUCCUUCACCGUGUCAUCCUGCAGCACCUCCUGAGCAUAUGAAGGAACCUUUGGCUUAUAUGAGGAAAGCACAGGGAAGCUGGGAGAAGCGAAUUCUAAAAAGUCUAAAUAGUAUGUGCACGGAACUCAGUAUCCCACUAGCACAGAAGAGGCCUGCAAGUGAGCAGAAAGAGCUGCUUAAUAAAUGGAAUGAAAUGGGAACUGACGAACCAGAUCUAAGUCUCUUCAGGCCUGUUUAUGCACCUAAAGAUUUUCUUGAGGUCCUGAUGAAUCUUCGAAACCCAAAUUAUGAAAAUGGAGAACAGCCUAGUUUCAGAAAUCAUCUGGGGCUAAUUCAAGUUCCUCUAAAAGUUAAAGAUAUUCCAGAAUUGAAAGAAGACUUCAGUGAACUAGACUUAAACAUAGGACAACUGGGUAUUGAUGAUUCAGCACAAGUGCCUCCUGAGUUCUUUGAAAAUGAGCAUGUACGUGUUGGACAAAAAGUUUUAGCAGAACAAGACAGUGCUGCAGCUCAACAAUAUGUUCGUCAGGGAUGUCCAACAGCACUCCGAGCCGAUCUAUGGGCCCUCAUUCUGAAUAUUUCUAAUCAGCCAGAGGAUAUCUUGUAUUAUGAGCAGCUCAAGUCAAAUGUGAUUCAGCAUGACCUUUUAGUGGACAGCUUGAUUUACAAAGAUGUAAAGCUAACAGCAAGCAAUGAUGACUACUAUUUUGUAUUUGAGGAUUAUUUAUAUCAGGUAUUACUCUGUUUUUCACGAGAUACUUCAGUAUUGGAGCACUUUGCUUACAGCAGUGCUACUCCACCUAAAUCAUACAUACAAGGAAAACUUGGAAUAGAAGAGUAUGCUGUUUUCUAUCCACCAAAUGGUGUCAUCCCAUUUCAUGGCUUUUCUAUGUAUGUUGCUCCACUUUGUUUUCUGUAUCAUGAACCUGCCAAAUUGUAUCAGAUAUUCCGUGAGAUGUAUGUGCGUUUUUUCUUCAGACUCCAUUCCAUCUCUUCUCAUCCUUCUGGCAUUGUGUCAUUGUGUUUGCUGUUUGAGACUCUUCUACAAACUCAUCUGCCUCAGCUCUUUUAUCACCUUCGAGAAAUUGGGGCUCAGCCGCUACGAAUUUCAUUUAAAUGGAUGGUACGAGCAUUUUCUGGUUAUUUAGCUACAGAUCAGCUCCUGCUCCUGUGGGACAGAAUCCUGGGGUACAACUCCCUAGAAAUUCUUGCUGUCCUGGCAGCUGCUGUAUUUGCUUUCCGAGCAGUCAACCUGAUGGAGGUGACAUCAUUGGCUGCAGCUGAAGCUGUUCUUGCUGACCUUUCAACCCUGAAGGUUAUGCCACUUCUUCAAAUCUUCUUGUUUGCUACUGUUACCUAAUCUGCUUCAACAAUACUCUACUGCAUUUCCAGCCUCUCAUGAGAAGCUAAUGAUCAUCUAUGCAAUGUCUGCAUAAAACCAAAAUUAAACUGUAUGUACAAUAUUCAUUUAGAAAUCUUAAUGGAAUUUUCUAGCUGAAAACAAUAACUUCACACAGAAGUGUGUGUACUGCAUGCUGCUGACUUUCACUGCAACGACGGUUAUUACUUGUACAUUAAGAAUGACAACUUGUGCAAACAAAUGAUUAUGAAUCAGUGUCUAAAAUGCAUGUAAUAUAUAAUAAAUAAUGUAAUUCUUCA